GCUAACGCUAGCUAGCUUGUGAACAGCUGACUGUAGAUUGUUGCUGUUGUGUUCAUGAGUCCUGGUUAAUGUCUGCCCACAUUAGCUGUGAGUAGUCCUUGUUCAGAUCGGUGUGCUGAUGUGUCGACAGAUUGUUCCGCUGAACACCAUGAAGACUAAUAAGUCCUACAAACUUGUGCUGCACAAGAAAGGCUUUGGAGGGAGUGAUGAUGAGUUGGUUGUCAACCCAAAAGUAUUCCCACAAGUCAAUCUAGGGGAUAUAAUUGAGAUUGCACAUCCAACUGAUGAAUACAGUCCUCUCCUGUUGCAAGUAAAAAGCCUUAAAGAAGACCUCCAGAAAGAGACGAUCAGCGUGGACCAAACCGUAGCACAAGCCUUCAAGCUGCGUGCGUACCAGGAUGUCAUCGUCAACAUUGUGGACCCGAAGGAUGUCAUGCUGGACCUGGUUGAGCUGACUUUUAAAGACCAGUACAUCGGCAGAGGAGACAUGUGGAGACUAAAGAAGUGUCUGGUGAGCACGUGUGCUUAUGUGACGCAGAAAGUGGAGUUUGCUGGAAUUAGAGCACAAACCAGUGAGCUCUGGGUGAAGGGCGAGAAAGUGACCUGUGGGUACAUCAGUGAAGACACCAGGGUGGUGUUCAGAUCCACGUCUGCCAUGGUCUACAUCUUUAUUCAGAUGAGCUGUGAGAUGUGGGACUUUGACAUCUAUGGCGAUCUCUACUUUGAGAAGGCUGUGAAUGGUUUCCUGUCUGACCUUUUCACCAAGUGGAAGGAGAAGAACUGCAGUCAUGAGGUCACAGUAGUACUCUUCUCACGUACUUUCUACAAUGCAAAAACCAUUGAGGAAUUUCCUGAGAUUCAUAGAGGGUCCAUCAGACAUGACCAUGAGGGACGCUUUUAUGAAGACUUCUACAGGGUUGUUGCACAAAAUGAGAGACGAGAUGAGUGGACAUCACUGCUGGUCACCAUCAAGAAGCUUUUUAUCCAGUAUCCUGUCCUGGUGCGGCUGGAGGGAGCAGAUGGUUUUCCUGUUAGUCACAACUCUACAGCUGCUGAAGGAAACUACUUAGAGGCCAUUAACCUUUCCUUCAACGUGUUUGAUAAGCACUACAUCAACCGAAACUUUGACCGCACUGGCCAGAUGUCUGUGGUCAUAACACCGGGUGUAGGCGUAUUUGAAGUCGACCGUUUGCUGAUGAUCCUCACCAAACAGCGGAUGAUUGACAACGGUAUUGGUGUAGACUUGGUGUGUAUGGGGGAACAGCCGUUGCAUGCAGUACCACUGUUCAAGCUGCACAAUAAGACAACAGCUGGAGACUCUCGAGUGGGGGAUGACUAUAACCUCCCACACUGGAUCAACCACAGCUUCUACACCUCUAAAAGCCAGAACUCUUGUAGCUCUUUCACUCCCAGAAUCAAACUGGCUGGUCGAAAGAUUCAUGCUGAGAAAUCCAAGAGCAGCAAAGACCAUACUCUCUGUGCUCCAAAGGACUCUGACAACAGCUUACCUAUACAGGUGGAUUAUGAUGCCUAUGAUGCCCAGGUGUUCAGACUACCAGGACCAUCAAGGAUUCAGAGGAGCACAAACUUCAGGAUUGGUCGGGACAAAGAGAUGAGUGGGAGGAAGAGCUGGGGCUCCAUGGAUGUCACUGCUGGCAUAGGUGUGUCCCCACCUAUCCGCACUGAGGAGCAGCGUAGCGUGGCCUCUGAUGAUAGUUCUGGCCCUGUGUCCAACGUGCUGCUAAUACCUCGCAUGCCUGCUGCCCAGUAUGAAGUCAGCAGCUCCCUGGGAUACACCAGCACCAGAGAGUUGUUGGAGAAGAUGAUGGACUCUCAGCGGGACUCCAGUGCUCCGGGCCGCUUCACAGUGGGAAGUGCUGAGUCUACUCUGCACAUCCGCCCUGGAGGUUACACUCCUCAGAGAGCACUUAUCAACCCCUUCACCCCAUCCAGGAUGCCCAUGAAGCUCACCUCAAACCGCCGUCGUUGGAUGCACACCUUUCCUGUAGGGCCUUCUGGUGAGGCGAUCCAGAUCCAUCACCAGACCAGACAGAACAUGGCUGAACUGCAAGGCAGCCAGAAGAGAGACCCUGCCCACACCUCUGCUGAGCUGCUGGAGCUGGCUUAUCAUGAGGCCACUGGACGGAGAACAACAUUCAGGCACGGAGCAGACAACAGUCUUUACAUUGGUGGAGGAAUGGAAGAGUUGACUGGAAGUCCAGGGAACAACAGUAGUGGAACAACAACCAACCGGAGCUCUUUUGAAGACUUCUCCCUCAAUGGCACUAACCCAACCCUGCUGAUAUCUGCGCCCCCGACAGUGCCCAGCUUCUGCUGCACAGUUGGGGUAGAUUGGAAGUCCCUGACCACACCAGCCUGCCUGCCCCUCACCACUGACUACUUCCCAGACCGGCAGGUGCUGCAGAACGACUACACUGAGGGUUGCUAUGACCUGCUGCCGCACAGUGACCUCGAGAGGCGGGAAGAUGAAGCCCCGGUGAUGAGUGCUUCUCAGGUGUUUGAGGAGUUUAUCUGUCAGAGGUUGAUGCAGGGUUACCAGAUCAUCGUCCAAUCCAACAGCAGGAAACCACAACCCUCUGUGACAACUCCACUUGGCAGCAGCCCUCACUACUCAAGAGGUCUUGUGUCUCUGCGUCGAGCGGAGGAGGAGAAUGUGUACUGGCUCAGUAUGGGCCGCACCUUCCAUAAAGUCUGCCUCAAAGACAAGAUCAUUACUGUUACUCGCUACCUGCCCAAGUACCCGUAUGAGUCGGCUCAGAUCCAGUACAGUUACAGCCUGUGUCCUCCUCACUCUGAUGCUCAGUUUGUUUCCUGCUGGGUGGAGUUUGGUCAUGAAAGACCAGAGGAAUACAAGUGGAACUACCUGGACCAGUACAUUUGCUCUGCAGGCUCUGAGGACUUCAGUUUGAUUGAUUCCCUGAAGUUCUGGCGGACACGUUUCCUCCUGCUUCCAGCUGGUGGAGCUCGACGUGUAGCGGACAGCGAGGGCCACUGGGAUGUUUAUGGGGAUGGAGCUGGUCCAGGGAUGUGUGGCAGCAGUGACUGGGUCCUACUGGAUGGCUUCAUCCGCUUCCUGGAGGGCCUCAACCGCAUUCGGCGCCGCCAUCGCUCUGACAGGAUUAUCAGAAAGGGCACGCCACUGAAAGGACUCCAGAUUACCAAUCCUCCCCUCUCCUAUUCUGCUGAACCUGUGGCCCCUCCUCAGGGCAAAAAAGGCACUUCAGCUCUGUCAGCCUUACUAGAGAUGGAGCAGAAUCAGAAGGCACUGGAGGAACAGCUACAGCAGACAAAACCCCCAACGACUGUCCCUGACCUGUCAAACGUGGCAGCAGCUCCCACAUAUGUAGACAGUCCCCGGAGGGAUGCUGCCUUUAUUUUGGAAUUUAUUCGUAGCCCUCGCUCAUCCUACAUCUAUUACUCUCAGCUAGCCGAUGCCAGCGAGGCUGCAGAUAAAGGAGCGCUGCCGUCAGUGACAGCUGGAGCAGCUGCAUCUGCAGUAGAACCUGCAGCCAGCAAUGUCCCCACAGACACCAGCGGGCAAUCUGCAGCCGGAGCUCUUUCCCUGUCCUCCUCCUCCACACUCCUGGAGAUCCUAGAAGCCAUCAAACAUCCAACGACAGGUGUACAGCUGCUUCCGGAGCAGAAGGGCAUACCUAUAAACUGCUUUAUUAGUGCUGAGGUGGUUCAUUGGCUGGUCAGCAAUGUGGAGGGCGUGGCCACUCAGGGGAUGGCUGUAGACAUCAUGCAGAAAAUGCUGGAAGAAGGUUUGGUGGCCCAUGCCUCAGGAGAUGCCAUGCGAACCUUCGUGUAUGGAUUCUACUUCUACAGGAUAGUAGGAGAGAAGGAUGGCCCCACCUCACCACCACCCCCAGCAGCAUCUGGUGGCUGGUCUGCUGCAGCGCUGGAGGACUUUGCCUUGUUCCAGAGGAAAUGGUUUGAGGUGGCUUUUGUGCUGGAGGAGCCACGACCCUGCAACCUCCCAGCCUUUUUAUUGCCAUGGUUACCAAGCCGGCCGGCCUCCUAUGCAAGUAGGCACAGCUCCUUCAGCCGCAGCUUUGGAGGACGCAGCCAAGCUGCUGCACUGCUAGCUGCUACUGUCCCAGAGCAGAAGACGGCCACUUUAGACGUGGACGUAAACAACCGCAGCGACCGAACCGAAUGGUGCAGCUGUUAUUACCAUGGAAACUUCUCCCUGAACACUGCCUUUGAGAUAAAGUUGCACUGGAUGGCUGUCACCGCGGCCGUGCUCUUUGAGAUGGUUCAAGGCUGGCACAGGAAAGCAGCCUCCUGUGGCUUCUUGUUGGUCCCCGUGCUGGAGGUUCCCUUUGCACUGACCUCUAACCUUUAUGGAGAUCCACUAAGAGCCCAGCUCUUCAUUCCUCUGAACAUUCACUGUCUACUGAAGAAUGGCAGUGACAACCUGUUUGAAGGUUUUGAGCCGGAGACGUACUGGGACAGGAUGCAGCUCUUUCAGGAGGCCAUACUGUACCGGUUUGGAUUCCUGCACGACAAAUUUUCUGCUUCUGCCUUUAAUUUUCCCUCUGAGAACAAGCCCCAGUACAUCCACGUCACAGGUACAGUUUUCCUGCAGCUACCAUACUCCAAGAGGAAGUACUCAAGCGGUCAGCAGCGCAGACGCAGAAACUCCACCACCUCCACCAGCCAGGGGGCGUUCGGCGGCGAGGAGCGGGUCGGUUACUUCUGGGCUUACAACACCAUGCUGACUAAGGCCUGGAGGACCGGCGUGCUGGGUGACGAAAGGCUGGCCGAGCGCCUCCUUCGUGACUUCACUGACUUCUGUAGCAAUAAGGACAACAGACUGCUCAACUUCUGGGACAGCUGCCAGGAGAAAAUGAAUGCCAGCGCCCCCUGAUGGGAGGAGGGACAACUGCAAGACGACUAGAUAAAGAGCAGAAUGAAGCUAGGAGCUAUUCUGUAUAAAAAUCUCAGAAUAGCACACUGGCCUGCUGUUAGAGGAAAUGAGAUGACUUUAACAGAGAAUGGAGCGCUCCAAUAUUUCUGACUGGAACGAAUUUAACAGUUCUUGCUUCAGAAACGAGCAAAAUUAUACUUAAGCUAAUAUUCUCUGUCCUUAGGCUCAUAUCCAGGUGGGGCCCAUCAAACGCAGGUUUCUUCCGGUAUCAGGUGAAGUUGCUUAGAUAACCAGCCACUGAGGCGGGUCAAGUAAUGUAAGAGAGGGAUUUUAUGGCUGUAACCAGCAGGAACCGAGUCUCGGCUUUCUGCUGAUUCCCACUGGCUCGAGCCGAGAGCCCCACCUACACUUAACAUUCCUGCAGGAACAAACCCUUCAUGUUAUUUUGGUGAGGCCUGUGAAGAAAAUGGUCCAUCCGUUCUCUCACACGUCUAGGUAGUUCUAAAAUGUCCUGCUCAUAUAGCUCUACUUGUACCACAAUGGCAAAAACAACACAUACAGGAGUAAACAGAAGAACACAAUCUAAGCUCAGAACGAUAAAUUAAUCAUCUUGCCUCUCAGCUGAGGUUUAGUUGCAGUCAAGUCUGCGUUAGAGGACCUGACUGCAGAGGAGACUCUAAAGAAGUCUUGUGUUUCUGAGGAGACGGAGCGUGCCAGUGUACCUGAAACAUUUCUCUACAAAGCCUUCAAUACUCUGAGCCUCUACUACACCUCAGUACUGUCUACUGCUCAUUAGAAUAAAGUGGCUGGUAGCUAGAAGUUCAUUUCCAACCCAUCUUUAGAUGCAGACAAGGGCUUUAUAACCUCAGUGUAGUCAGCUGAGGUGGAAAGACUAUGAGGUUGUACUGAAGCAGGAGUUGAUUUAUGCUGUUCUAUAAAUCCACUCAAAGUUCCUUAAAGUUUGUUCAAAGCACUGAAUAGCUCUGUAUGAUACAAAUAAAAUAUCAGUGAAACUUAAAACGACUGUCUGGGCCUGUAAAUAAACGUCAGAUCAUGAAAACUGUCAGCUUAGAUGCUGCCAAAGAGGCCCUGCAGUCCUGAGAGCAGACGGCCUGAUGCUGGAGGAUGUGGACGGGACAGAGCAGGAGAGGCUGGUUUGACAGAUGAGCUCUUAGUUUCAUAAUAAAGCUGAAUUAGACUGUGGGUCGCCUUUAUUAGUGAAGAAAUAACACAUCUUAGCUCGUCUAUGAUCUGAAGAAUGAAAGGUGGUUAAAUCCUCUUAGCACACCUUAAAAAAUGGGUGUCAAACUCAAGGCCCGGGUGACCCAGUUAGGCCCUCAGGUUAGACCUGAAUCCAGAAUCCGGCCUCUGCUUUGACCUAGUUUGACACCCCUGCUUUAAAACUACUCUGAGUAAAAUCUCUGAAUUCAGACACAGGUAGGCCUGUGCCAGUACUGUCAUUAAUAUCAGGUCUGAGUACUAACGAGUACUAAUAGUAGUUAUGAUAAUAAGAAUGAAUGAAUAAGAAUGAAUAAGAAUGAAUGUUUCCAUAGCAACUGCUCUGAUUCAUUUUUGAUCUCUCCAGAAGGACUGGUACAUGCCAGUGUGCACACAGCAGUCACAGCUCUCGUUCUCCACCGUUUACGACUUCGCCAUGACUUUCUCUCAUCAGGAGCAACAUUCAGCAGGAAGACUCCUCCAAAACCACCACAUGCAUGUCUGUCAUCACCAUCCAGGAUCAUUUCAACGGGCAGAAACACAAAGCUGCUUUAAACAAACAAACAAAUGUGGCUGCUGCAGCUUUUGAGGAGACAGGAGUUUAGUUUUAGUGUGAAAAGUUUAUUUAAAAAAGACACAUGCAAUCAUUUCCAAAAUUCACAGCAUGAUUUUAUUCAUCAGAGAAUAGUUCAUGCAAAUAUUUUAGUGUUUGUAGCCUUUAAACAUCUGAACGGAGCAUAGAAUGUCAUUAAAAUGAUUUUUUAUUCUAACAUUUAAAAAAGAAUGAUUGCUUUUUAAUGCUGUAAUUCACUUCAUUCAUAUUGGCAAAGGACUAUUGUUCAGUACUGAAGUCAGACACAUUUCUAGUUGCACCACUUUAACCCAUUAAAGCCUGAAAACACAAAUCAUAGCCAGAAAAUUCAAAUCUUUGGGAAGUGAAAUGUUUUCACUUUUUACUGAAAUCCAAAAAAUCCAAAUUUCCAUAAAAUUUAACAGAAAUAUUUCUGUGUCUCAUUGACAUUAAGUGUUCCUGGUAACUGAUAAUCCACUUGAGGACAUUUUUAUCAUUCAUCAGAUUGUAUUCAUAAUUUUUUUUCAGUAAUUUAUGAUCAUAUUGAUUAGAUAGAGGUAUCAUAAAAGUAUGUAUCAAAUAUGAUACAACAGGCUUUAAGGGUUAAAUGUGUCAUAAAAACACACAAACCCAAUAUGUAAUGUAAUAUGCAAAUGUAAGCGUUAGAGCUGACAGUCGUGUUUUUUUGACAGAGUCUGGUGUAAAAAAGAAGAAGUGAACCCAGAAGUGUUCUCCUGUUAUUCAGCUAAAAGGCCUCCAUCUGUCCCCAUGAUGAUUUAGUGCUGUUAGCUUUUACACAAUCACAUUAUUUUAAAACACACAAAUAAGAAUAAUAAAAGAUAAAUCACAUA